AUGGACCCUCUCAGUACCACGGCGGGCGUUUUCGCCGUGAUCCAACUCACAGUCUCCGUCGGUUCUGCGCUAAAAGCCUACUACGAAGGGGCUCGUGAUGCCAGGAAUGAUAUCCAGAAGUUAUAUGAAUCAAUCAACGGUCUCAAUAGCCUGCUUAAACGGAUUCAAGACGUCAACCGUGGAGACCACCUCUCGGACGAUACAUCGGGUGUUCUCAGCCAAGCCCAAUCUGAAAUUGCACUAUUAGAGAAGAAGUUGAAGAUUCCAACCUUGACAGAUAACAAGAGUCGCACGCCGUGUCACCCUUCUCGUCCAAAACAUGCCCCAGAGAAUAAACGUACACUCUGGGAGAAAACUCAGUCUUUGACUUGGCCGUUCUCCAAGAAGGAAGUCGGGAAGAUUCUGGAAACGCUUGAUCGAUGUAAAUCCAGUCUAGGCCUUGAGAUUGGAAUUGAGCAAUUAUCCACUAUAAAUGCACAAUUUGACAUCAUUGCCGAUAUAAGGUCGGAGAUUGUAUCUGCUGGAGAUGAUGAACUCAGGAAACAAAUUAUAUCUUGGUUAGAACCAGGCGUUCACCCCUCAGAGGAGCACAACUUAGCCCGAGAAAGGCACGAAGAGACUACUGGAUCAUGGCUUAUCGAUAGCAAUGAAUGUAAGAGCUGGCUCGUUGACGACAACUCAUUUUUAUGGCUGAACGGCGGCGCUGGCGCUGGAAAAUCUAUCUUGUGUUCCACGGUGAUUGACCAUGUUCAAGGGCGAUGUAAAAAUGAUCCGUUUGCGGUUGUUGUCUAUUGGUACUUCACUUUUGCGAACACCGAGAAGCAAAAUAUACACAACUGUCUACGCUCGCUAGUUGCAGGUAUAUAUAGGAACCGGCGAGAUACUCCCAUUGCUGUCCGGGAAGAAUAUGAGCGAUCAAAUUCUGGCCAGCAUAUACCUAACAGAAAGAGCCUGCUGCUAAUGCUGCAGGAAGUAAUGGCUGGCCUUGACAGUGUUUACUUGGUUCUGGACGCCCUGGACGAAUGCCCGAAAUCAGACGACAGUAGAUGCAGCCUUCUGGACUGUAUUCAUGACAUAUUUGGUUGGGAACUAGCACAGCUACAUAUUUUAGCCACCAGUAGGAGUGAGGUCGACAUUUCAGAAUCCUUUGAUUCUUUCCUACACCAGUCGGGCCGGUUCCAAGCCAUCUCUGUGCAGGGCAUUCAUGUUGAAAGGGAUAUUAAGAAGUACCUUGGGCAUCGACUUGAAGCGGGCGCUUUUCGGACGUGGAAGCCUCCACUGAAACGGGAUAUAGAGACAAAGCUAGCUUCACAGGCAGAUGGAAUGUUUCGACUCGUUGCACUUCAGCUAGAUGCAUUGAGCAAAUUGAAAACCGAAUCCAGAAUUCGGACUGCAAUAGCCCAACUCCCAAAGACUCUCGACACAUUCUAUGACAGAAUUCUUCUCGAUAUCGAUGAGGAAUAUCAAGAGCACGCUUUUCGCGCCCUGCAAUUUAUUGCAUUGGCGUCGAGGCCCCUUUCGUUAGACGAGCUUGCGGAAGCGAUGGUCGUUCAGCCAGAGAAUGAGCCGUGUCUUGUGGAAGAAGACCGGUUCAUGCGAUCCUCCGAUAUUCUUGGAAUACUUCCAUCUGGUCUCGUCACUGGUAUUGGCAACCCUGUGGCCCCCGAUCUCUGGGAUGGCGAAAUUGAUAGUUAUUGGGCCAAGUCGGUCCAAUUUGCGCAUUUCUCAGUCAAGGAAUAUCUAUUAUCGGAACGCCUUGGCAAAGGGCCAACAUUACGAUAUGCUAUACAAGAGAUACCAGCACACUACGCCAUCGCGAGGAUGUGUUUUGCAUAUCUGAUAUAUGCUGGAAACCAACGUCCCAGGCUCACAUACGAGUUAUAUGACCGUUUUCCGUUGCUGAACUAUGUCGCAAGAUCCUGGUCCUACCAUCUCUACCAUCUCGAAUCCCUAGGGCAGAAAUUCGAUGAAUGUCUUCAGAAGCUAGCCAUAAGGCUUUUCGUAUACGAUUCUCUUCCUUGGCGUUUGUUACGUUCCACCAUCGAUAUAUCGAAACUUGAGCCCCCGAAUGGACCUAAAAGUAUCAUCGUUCCCUAUGCACGCAGUACUAGCCGUCAAAUUAGGGGCUCACCUCACCAGCUGCAGCCAGUAACCUGGGUUUCGCGGUUAGGAUUGCGGGACCUAUUGGGUAUAGUGCUUGGUCAACAGCCGAGCGUAGACCUAAACAUUCCCCCGAUUGACAUCGAUAAAAAUUUUGUCUCCCCAUUAGUGGCUGCAUUUUAUAGUGGCAAUGUUGAGGUUGUAGAGGUGCUGUUAAAUGCGGAGGCAGAUCCUAAUGUCCAAGGUGGACAUCAUGGGACUGCAUUACAAGCUGCCUGUGUUUUCGGCGCAAUAGAUGUGGCUAGCCUCUUGCUUGAAAAGGGGGCAGAUCCUAAUAUCCAAGGUGGACGUUAUGGGACUGCAUUACAAGUUACCUGUGCUCGCGGCGCAAGAGAUAUAGAUAUAGCUAGCCUCUUGCUUGAUAAAGGGGCAGACCCUAAUAUCCAAGGUGGACGUUUUGGGACUGCAUUGCAAGCUGCCUGUGUUUAUUGCGAAAUAGAUAUAGCUAGCCUCUUACUUGAUAAAGGGGCAGAUCCUAAUAUCCAAGGUGGACAUUAUGGGACUGCAUUACAAGCUGCCUGUGAUUGUGGCUCAAUAGAUGUAGCUAGCCUCUUGCUUGAUAAAGGGGCAGACCCUAAUAUCCAAGGUGGACAACAUGGGACUGCACUGCAAGCUGCCUGUGUUUGUUGCUCAAUAGAUGUGGCUAGGCUCUUACUUGAUAAAGGGGCAGACCCUAAUAUCCAAGGUGGAAGUUUUGGGACUGCAUUGCAAGUUGCCUAUGUGGCUAGGCUCUUGCUUGAAAAUGGGGCAGAUCCUAAUAUCCAAGGUGGAAGUUUUGGGACUCCAUUACAAGUCGCCUGUGAUUGUGGCUCAAUAGAUGUAGCUAGCCUCUUGCUUGAUAAAGGGGCAGACCCUAAUAUCCAAGGUGGAAGAUAUGGGAAUGCAUUGCUAGCAAUGUGCCACUGUCCGAGCCGCAACAUCGAUAUGAUUCCCCUAUUACUUCGGGGUGGCGCAGAUGUUAACCUUCACAGUCCAACACACGGCUCCGCCCUUGGAGCUGCCUGCUCUAGUGGCUGGAUGGGUGGAGUAGAAGUCUUUCUAGAGGUUGGCGCGCACUCUUUGGACAGCGGCAUUUCGAAAUCGAUAUGUCAGGAUUUGUUGGAACGGCUAGAAAAUGACGAACAUGGGCCCCAAGUGAAAUCUGAAUGGAGGUGUAUGCUCUCCUUUCUCGAGGAUUGGGUAGCAAUGCAAGAGAGCGAUGAGCAGCCAGAUAUGUUGGUUUGUCUUCGGAAUUGGAAAGCAAGGCACUCAAGCGAUGAAGAAGAGGACCGAGGUGCUACUACAGAUAUUGACAGUAAAUAA